UUCUGUAUGUAUCUAUUCUGUGUCGCAAGCGAAGCUACGGAAAAAUUUAGGAAGGAUAUUUAUUCAUUAUAAUCCUUCACAUCCAUAAUACAAUUUCUCACAGGAUCUUCUAAAAAGGAUACAAUCGCUAAUUACAGAUAAGUUUAUCGUUUUCCUAACGUUAUUGCUCAUAACUUUUGUUCCAUUUAUAUAGAAACAAUUAAAGUAUGUCAUCGAUUGUCAAAUUGCGAUUUGCAGUUGUAGAAACAAGUACAACUACAAAGUUUCAGCCGCAUCAAAAAAAGAUUAUGGACAAUUGGGUUAAAGAAAAACUUGAAGAGUGGAAUCUUUCCUGCUUGAAAGAUGUUUUUGAAGAAAAUAUGAUUGACGAGGAGGCCUUUCUCAUUUUAAGCGAAGAAACCUUGAAGGAGAUGAGGAUUCCUAUUGGACCACAAAUCUAACUAUUGAAAAAUAUCAAAUUUCAGGCAUCUUCAAGUCCUGAGUUUACUUGUCAGCCAAAAGAAAACGAGGCAAAGCGUUCAGUAGCAGCAAGUCAGUCUAUAUUUGAGAGCUGUGGGCUCAAACUUUUCAACCGAGAAAGAAACCCAGGAAUGAUUUUAAUAACAAAUCGAUUUUGGAAGAGUCCGAAGUUGGUGCUCAAGUGAUGUGCGAACUGGAUACGGAUAAAUUAAGCAGAAAAAGCAGAAUCAAGAUGGUUCAGAUACUAGUGGCUUACAUAAUUAAUCAGUUUGGAGAAAGGAAGCUUGGUACACGCCAGGAAAGGGAACUCAUUCUGCUACAGAGUGGUUGGAAGAACGGCUUAGAAAUGUUAGGAGAAAGAGCAUAAAACACCGUCAGACUGAACAAGAAUUUGCCUCAACUUCAACUUCUUUAAAACACUUGGCAAGAUCUCUACCAGAGCCAGUCUUAAAUAAAUCUGACCAUGCUGGAAUGAAGCAGUGGAUGAAAGACAACUGGGAGCCUUUCUCAACCCUAAAAAGUUAUAUGCAGAAGACCGUCUUAAAUCGAUCAGAAUGGAUUGAAAAAACGCCACAACUUACAAUACGAGAGGUUAUGAAAGAAUACCCACGUCUUAUUAAUGUCCCUGGCAUGGUUGAAAUAGACUUUGCAACAUUGUAUCCAGAUGUCGCGGAUAAUCUUUUUCUGCGAUUUACACCAGAAACAGAAGAGAAAAUAAUUUGUUACGCAGAUACACAAACAGAAAAAUGGACAAAAUAUUUGAAUAUUGCAACAAGAAACCUGAAUUCCGAUGAAGAGAAAAGAAAUGCUGCGAUUUGUCUCCUUCCAUGCGUUUUUCCUACUGGAAGAAAGAAUAAAAAGAGGUGUACAACUGAUGAAGCAUUAUGUGCUUUUAUCGAUUGCCAACCGGUCGGUACAAACACACCUAAAUAUUUAGAAACAGCCUCAAGAUGGCCGUUUGUUUUAGCAAUUGGUAUUCAAUGCAGCCCAACGCAAGUGUUCGUUAUAAUCGGAGGCCAGGGCUUGGAGCCGCCUAAUCUUAGCUGUUCGUCGUGGGAGUUUAUAGAAAAGGUUUUGUAUGGCAUUGAGGACCAUGGAAAACAGAAGACUACACCUGCUGUUGUUGCAAUGAGAGCAACAUUAAAGUAAUCAGACCAUUGACGUUAAAAAUAUAUUGAUAUAAAUCUAAGCUUCUCCAGCUAUUGCAUGUACCUGUUGUUAAUAUACAUGAUACUUGUCUAUCUUCUGUUUUUAGUUUUUACUAAAUGUAAGUUGUGUCCGCGCAAUGUUUUUUCUUAAACAAAUAUACUUUUUGAGCAUAAA